AUGCGCAACAUGCCCUCACUACGCAACAUCCUCCACAAACGCGACGACCUCAGCAUUACCCCAACACCCCAAAAUGCACCAACACCCCCAGCACCUGAGUUCAAGCUCAUCCGCUCAGACACAAACACCCAAGAGAUAAUCACAGCCCCAUCCGACCCAAACGACCAAACCCAAUACUUAUCUUCACCAACUCAAGAAGAGCCCACGUCUCCGCGCCGGAGCUUCCAGCUCUUCAACCGCUCUCCCAAACUGGCCUCUGCAACCUCGCAAUCCCCGCCCCGUCGCGAGCGCCGUCUCUCAAACCUUCUCCAUCUCGACCCCCGCAGUCGCAGUAACUCGCGUGACUCCUCCGCUAACAUCCCCGCGGACUUGCCGCAGAUCGAUGAUGACCACAGCGCGAGUAAGCAGGAGCGCGAGGCGUUGUGGGAAAAGAGGGCUACUGUGCUUGUACAGCAGAAUCCGCAGUUUGCGCAAUCCGGGUCGUCCUUGCCGCGGCAAGGUGAGGGGGAAGCGUCGCUAGGGCUGGGAUUGGGGCUGGAGCAGGCUAGGCCGAGGAGCUCGAGCCAGAGUCGAGUUGGUAUGGAUCCGAAUGAAGAUAUUAAUAUCCAAGAGGCGAUUCGGCUGCAUGAAUCUGGUGAUCUCGAGCGAUCAACUCAGAUGUUCGGACAACUUGCCGAUCCAAAUGGCGCAAAUAAUCCUCUGAGUCAGGUUCUUUAUGGCCUCGCACUACGACACGGAUGGGGCUGCCCUGUAGAUACUCCACGCGCUGUGACCUAUCUCUCCGCCGCAGCAUCCAAUUCGGCCGCGGUCGAGGCGGAGGCCCUCCGUGCUGGUGUUAACAAGGGAGGGUCUGCAAAAGGAGAGCUCGUUUUGGCCAUGUUCGAAUUGGCAAAUUGCUUCCGCAAUGGGUGGGGUAUAGAAAAGGAUCCUCCUGCUGCUAGACAGUAUUACGAGACUGCUGCGAACUUGGGUGAUACUGAUGCCAUGAAUGAAGUGGGCUGGUGUUACCUCGAGGGAUUCGGGGGUAAGAAAGACAAGUUCAAAGCGGCCAAGUAUUACAGACUCGCUGAGACGAAUGGGUGCCCUACUCUUGGAAAUUCAUGGAUCUGGAAAGACAAGUAUAACCCGAAGUAA